AUGAUGACGCGAAAGAAAGUGAAUGAAAAGGAAAAAGAAAAUAGUGUAGCCUUAAACUCAGACAUUUUAGACAAUACACUAGUAGAGAUGAGUGACGCCAAAGAAAAUCAAGAAGAUUCGUUAAACUGCAGCAUUUCGCAGAAUCAACUAGCCGCCUUAUUUGCCAGUAUAAAUAGCCUAAAUGAUACCGUUAAGGAAUUACGUCGAGAUAAUCAACAAAUUAGAAAUGAAAUCAGAAUGUCUAGCACGAGCACCGCCGCCGCUCAUAGCUUAAGAAUGCCUGUACAACAAAACGUCACCGUCGCCGCUGCCGCAGCUGUCGAACAUAACCAAACAAAUUUUGCUGUCGUCAAUACGUUACCAGUUAAUCUUGCUGAAUCAAAUAUGCCGCCGCCGUCGGAGUCUACAUCCUUUGUCAUGGGCAAUGUAGAAUCCUCACAAUAUCCACAGCAGUCUCCGGUUAAUGUAUCGUUACCAUAUCAAUCCGCAGCGCCACACCUGAUUUCAUUCGUAGACAAUGCAGCUACAAAAUUAUAUCCAUUGCCAAAUUUUGAUGGUAAUCCAGAGGAUUGGCCUUUAUUUAGAGCCAGUUACAGAGAUACUACUGGUGAGUUUAAAUAUAAUAAUCGUCAAAAUUUAAUAAGACUGCACAAGGCCUUGCACGGUAAUGCUAAACGCGUUGUGUCAUCAUUGCUUAUAUUUCCUGAUAAUGUGCCACAAGUACUACAAGAGUUAGAAUUUAAUUUUGGUCGUCCUGAGGUAUUAAUACGAGCGCAAAUGCAGAAAAUACAACAGUUUCCAAUUAUUUAUGAAAGCCGUCUUGAAGGCGUAAUUGAUUUCUCCAAUCAAGUGCGCAAUAUAGUUGCAUUUUUCAAGGCAGCUAAUUGCACUCAUCAUCUGACGAAUCCGAUGUUAUUGGAACAACUAAUAUUAAAAUUACCACCAUCAAAACAAUUUGAAUGGAGUCGGUAUGCCACUAGUAUGCUUCAAUUUCCCAAUAUCGAGAUGUUUGCGGAAUGGUUAAGUGACCUUGUAAAGGUCGUAAGUGUGAUGCCAUCAGUCCUACCAAUAUUUCAACGUUAUAGUCAGCCGUCUUCGGGGAACGUGCGUUCCGUCACCUACCAGUCCCCAGCUGUUGCAGGAAAUUUUAAUCAAAAUGUUACACGUCGUGUACUUCACAACAACACAAAAUCAAAACUUAAUAGUCAACAAAAUGAUGAACAACAGAUGUUUUGCACCAAAUGUACUGAAGGUCACAAGUUAAGUUCAUGUCGCCAAUUCAAGUCGCUUAGUAUACCCAGUAGAUGGGAAUUUGUCAAAGAGAGUCGUCUAUGUUUCAGUUGUCUCCAACGAGGUCACAGCCUAAUGGAAUGCCGGUCUAAACGUGAAUGUGGAAUUGAUGAAUGCAGACGUAUGCAUCAUCAACUGCUUCAUCAGUCAGCUGCCAAAGCCAUCAAAACAAUGCCACCAGUCACGUCUACUUCUACGUCAUCAUCGACUGAGGUAGCCUCUACGUCAAUUACUCAGAACAGACGCGAGCAUUUACUUAAUUGUCAUAAAAACCUUAAUACUUGCUUAUUCAAAAUUCUACCAGUUGUCGUAAGCGGCCCUCGAACAACCACAACAGUCUAUGCAAUGUUUGAUGAAGGUUCGUCUGUAACGCUGCUUGAGGAAGAUGUUGCCGAACAACUUGGAGUCAAUGGUCUCGCUGUGCCACUUACAUUGCAAUGGUACAACCAAAAGGAGACUACCGAAGAAUCUCGUGUCAUAAACUUAGAAGUUAAACGUGUAAAUGAAUGUACAACGUAUCAAUUAAAGAACGUGUAUACUGCCAGAAAUUUGGAUUUGCCGAAACAAUCCUUCGACAAAGGUCGAUACAAUCAUCUAUCUCAUUUGCCAAUUGAAAGUUAUGCAGACAUUAAGCCUUGUUUAUUAAUUGGUCUGGACCACAGCAUGCUAAGCGUAGCCAAACAGACAAUUUAUGCCGGUUCUAGUGAACCUAUUGCCGCUGCCACCAAGUUAGGUUGGGUUGCCUAUGGACCGACACAAUAUAAUGUCAAUCCCAUUAUUAAUGUCUUACAUAUGCGUAAAACAUAUGACAUAAAAUUACAUCAACUAGUAAAAGAAUACUUUGAACUAGAUAGUUUGGGCAUAAAAAAUACUAGCACCUUAUUUGAAUCUACAGAGGAUAGUCGAGCUAGAAAAAUUCUUGAAGACACUGUAAAAAAUAUCGGUGAACGAUAUGAAGUUGGAUUAUUGUGGAAAGAAGACAACAUCCACUUACCGCCUAGUUAUGAAAUGGCCAAACGUAGAUUGUUAAAUGUCGAACAAAAAAUGCGUAGUGAUGAAAGAUAUGCUGACAACUAUAGAAAGGAAAUGUGCAAGUACAUAAACAAGGGUUAUGUUCAACUACUAACACCAGAAGAGGCAGAACGCAACAGUCCUUCUACAUGGUAUUUGCCGCAUUUUGGAGUAAUUAAUCCAAAUAAGCCACAAAAAUUACGCAUUGUAUUCGAUGCAGCAGCUGCCGUGACAGCUGUCUCUUUAAACUCUGUUUUACUUAAAGGACCUGAACGUGCACAACCUUUGAUGACUAUCAUGUAUAAAUUUCGUCAACGUCGAAUCGCUGUCGCAGGUGAUAUCCAAGAGAUGUUUUCGCAAAUCAAAAUAAGAGCAUCUGACAGAAAUUCGCAGAGAUUCUUAUGGAGACACAGCUAUCAGUCGAAUCAAAUACAAGUUUAUACGAUGACUUCUAUGAUAUUUGGUGCAGCCUGUUCACCUUGCUGUGCAGAACAUAUUAAAAAUAUAAACGCCACUCGUUUCGAAGCAACUAUGCCUAAGGGCGUUAAGGCCAUUACAGAUAAUACGUAUGUUGAUGAUCUUGUUAUCAGUUUCGAUAACGUUGAAGAAGCCAAUUUAGUUGUCAAGGAGGCAAUCGCCAUUAACACCGCCGCCGGUUUUCAUCUAAGAAAUUUUGUAUCAAAUCAUAAAGAAUUGCAGAAUCAGUUAAAUAACAAUGCCGCCACACCAUCCGAUGUUAUUAACAUGGAGCAUCAGCCUAAAACCGAUAAAAUUUUAGGCAUGUUUUGGAAUUCAAAGGAUGACGUACUAGAGUUUCACUUUAAGUUUGCAAAGAUCCCACGUGCUGUUUUAGAUGGUAAACGUCCGCCGACGAAGAGAGAAUUACUGGGAUUAGCUAUGGCUAUUUAUGAUCCAUUUGGUUUGUUGGCUAAUGUUACGAUCGACGUUAAAAUAUUACUCCAGGCUACAUGGAAGCUGCAAAUUGAGUGGGACGAUGUUUUACCUCACCAACUUGCCACACAAUGGAGUAAAUGGUGGUCAGGAUUUCAGAAAGUCAGUCAUAUAGUUGUACUGCGAUGUUUUUCGCCAUUAUAUUCAACCGCACAAGAACUACAAUUCCAUGUUUUUGUGGACGCCAGUGAUACUGCAUAUGCCGCAGUAGCAUAUCUACGUAUGAAACAAGGUAACAAUAUUGAUGUCGCCUUUGUAGCAGCCAAGUCCAGAUGUGCACCGAAGAAAGAAACAACCGUGCCACGUUUAGAAUUACAAGCCGCAGUGUUGGGUAGCCGUCUUAAAAUUGCAGUGGAGAAAUGCCUUGAUCGAAAGGUGAGUAGCACCACAUUUUGGAGUGAUUCAAAAACCGUUUUACUUUGGAUACGUUCAACAAAACGUGAUUAUAAACAGUUUGUCGCCAAUCGUAUAGCAGAGCUCUUCAGCAGUACCCUACCAAAACAGUGGCGUUGGGUACCAUCAGCAGUCAAUAUAGCCGACGAGGCCACAAAAAUUAAACCAUCGCAAAUGCUCGAAAACGAUUCACGAUGGAUAAAGGGUCCUGCCUUUUUGUUCGCAAACGAAAGCGAAUGGCCUAAAGAACCAACGCAAAUGUAUUCACUACACAGCGCAGUAGAAGAAUGCACAAAGAAAUGUCUGUUAAUAGCUAAUAAUAGAUCACUCAUUGAUAUGAAACGGUAUUCAACAUUCACAAAACUAGUUCGUGUAAUAGCUUGGAUUCUACGAUUCGUCAACAAUUUAAAACUGAAACAGCGAUAUAAGGGAGAGUUAAUACCAAAAGAGCUUAUAGCCGCUGAAAAUUAUAUAUGUCGUCAAGUUCAAUAUGAACUUUACAAGAUAGAAAUUAAUGCUCUACAAAACCAGAAAGAAUUGCCUAAGUCCAGUCAACUGAUUCAAUUAACACCAAAAUUAGAUGAUCAAGGAGUAUUACGUAUUAACGGAAGAAUUGAUGCCGCCUAUUGUUUGCCCGAUUCCGCACGCCAUCCAAUAAUCUUACCACACAAUCACAAUAUCGCCUUACUAGUCAUGGAUCAUUACCAUAGAAAGAAUCAUCAUCAAAACAGUAAGUUAACUAUAAACGAAAUGCGUCAACGGUUUUGGAUACCAAACUGUCAUUCCUUGCUAAAUACAGUUAAAAGAAAUUGCCCGGUAUGCAUACGUGACAAAUCUACGCCAGCAGUGCCAUUGAUGGGUCAGUUACCACCUGAUCGCCUUACGCCAUAUGUCCGACCAUUCACAUAUACUGGAACAGAUUAUUGUGGUCCAUUCUUUGUAACAAUUGGACGACGCCGUGAGAAGAGAUGGAUUGCGCUAUUUACAUGCCUUACUACACGUGCCAUACAUCUCGAAAUUUCUACUGAUUUAUCAACAGAUGCCUUUCUACUUUGCCUGAAGAAUUUUGUUAACCGUCGUGGAGUGCCUGUUCGCAUCAGAAGCGACAAUGGAACAAAUUUCAUAGGAGCACAGUCAAAACUUAAAAAACAGGAGAGAUUGUUAGAUUUUGACGCUAUACAACAAGAAACUGGUAAAACUGGUGUGGAAUGGAUUUUCAACAGUCCUGCUAAUCCAUCAGCCGGUGGAUGUUGGGAACGUCUUGUCCAAUGUACAAAACGAAUAUUACAUCGAGUGUUAAAGGAGGAAGCACCUCGUCUUGAUACCUUUUGCAGCGUACUAAUAGAAGCAGAAAAUAUAAUUAAUAGUCGACCGUUAACGGACAUACCUCUUACAGCCGAGAGUCCGGAACCGAUUACUCCUAAUCAUUUUCUACUGGGAUGUUUAAAUUCCACUCAAACGCCAUGUGAAGACGAAAAGAAGAUUUGCUUACGCAAACAAUGCCGAAUUGCACAAAACCUUAAAAAUCGAUUCUGGAAACGUUGGAUAAAUGAAUAUUUGCCGCAAUUAUUGAAGCGUCCAAAAUGGCACAAGGAAGUAAAGCCGCUACAGUCCGGUCAGUUGGUAAUAAUAUGUGACUCCAGUCUGCCAAGAAGUCAAUGGAAAAUGGGCCGUAUCCUUGAUGUCAUCACCGCCAAAGAUGGACAAGUACGGAAUGCUAAU